UCCAGCGCGUUCAUCGUGCAUCCCAUCCCACACUCGUACGAAGUCGUGGAUACGAACGACAGAGUACACAGCGUGGCCACCACCGUUCUCGGAGAGGAGCGACGCGAAUCGACGACGCGAUCCAUCCCGAGGUUCGCCCCUGCCAGCGCCACCGCCCCUGUGGCUGCGUCUGCUCUACCGCCCCUCAUUGGCCAGCGCUGCACCACGCAUGAACAACACCUUGCGGCCAUGGCGGCAUCCAAGUCAACUCCACUCUCGCCCACUCAACGCGCAUCCUCACAGACGGCCUGUCAUGCGUCCACCUGCCCAGCCCUACGCUAUUGGACCUCCACCAUCCAAACACUCUGACCUGUUCGUUUCAAUCCUGAAUGCCAAAUGACCAUCCGCCUAUGCCACCUACCUGUUUAGACUCUGCACUGGCUCCACCUGUCCGUGUCUCCAGAUCAGUCCUGCAGCAUCAGAUUGAUCAUGGACAAGUCACUCACUCACUCAGUCGAUCAAGUCAGUCACCGCAGACAGAUCCCCAGACAAUGACUCUCUCCCCUUCGUGUUCGCUCAUCCCAAUCACCGUUCGGCCCCGUCCGACAUCCGACGAAUCCUCAAAGACAUUCCACGAAGCGCGCUCUGCCAGUCGUGUGCACAGCCUCGCCGUACGCAGUACCGACCAACACCACCACCGCCGAGUAAACAAACCACAAACCCAAAUCCAUCCAAGACAUGCAACCGACACAGACAAGCAAAUCAUGUCUCGGCUAGCCCGUGUUCCACUGACAUCACAGACGCUGACCUGCCUUUCCUUUGUCAUCCUACAGUGAAUGCAGUGAUGCAUGCACACUCGUCAAUCCGCUCGACCACCGUCGCGCUCGCCUUGUCCCCGGAGUGGAGUGGGUUACGUGGAAAAGACCCAAAUCGGGCCUCGCUGUCCAAGCAGGCGCCCCGAAUCUCCGCUCCGCUGCGCUGCGCUGCGAAUCGAUGCCCGUAGCGAGUGGGCUCGUCUAGCGAAGCGCCCUCGCAUCUGGAGGCUCUGCCUUCCGUGCACCCUUUUAGACUUCCGAUGCGGCUCGCACAGAUGCGAUGCGAAUCGCGCAUGCCCGCAUGGAGAGAGAGAACGUAUGAACUGCUUACUUCAGUAGCCGCCCAACUCCCAAACACCUGGGUACCACAACAGCUGGCUGCACUCAUCUCUAUUACUUACACCACCACCGCCACCACCACCACGACCUGCCCGUUGUAUACAUGUCGGACUGUGCGGCUCUUACGCUACCCGUACCUUAUUCCAAUUCCUGUCACUUGCCCAAUCCAGUCAGCCACCUACCCCUGCGCAUGAACAGGCCACCUUUUUUUUAACCUUCUUCUCUUACUCUCUUUCCUAUUCCCCUCCAUCUCGCAAAACUCUGUGUCUAUCCGAGCCAAUCCCACGCGGCCCUGAUCUACCAUUGAAUCUAAGACAUUUGACCAGCGUUCGCGCGCGACGCCGUUGCAAGAUUUACAAUUCUGACUUUUGUGCUACAUCUGCUCUCCUGCAUUACCCUCGCCCCUUUUUCUCUUAUCGCGUUAGUUCUACGCAGCCCUUUCUUAUUUGUCAAAUCUUAUGGUUGCUGUGGAGCUCCUUGGGCUUCUCCCCGCUUGGCUUCUGUCUGUAGCUUCAAACUCUGUUCUGUAGAUCCCUUUUUUUCUGAAGGACUAGAACUUGCUACUGGGCUAGUACUAGCGACCUUCUGCAUUAGGCCUGCACAUGUAGCAUUCCAUUGGCGGUGAGUCAACUACCGGUGAAAGAAAACAUUCAAAUGUUUGGAGGGUGGGCUACCUCACGUGACGAAAAAGCCGGAGAAAAGAAGAUCCAGAAAGAAAAAAAAAACCCUCCACGGACUAGAAAGAACCGCCAUGUGCUGACCGUCUUUUUGGUCUUCAGUCCUGAAACCAUGGAUCGAGUUCAACAUUUUUUUCUCUUCUCUCUUUUCUCUUUUGCAUUUUUUAAUCGCUCAAUUCAUUCUUCUAGAUUUUGCUUAGGGUCAUUUCUUUCUUGCCCCUGCGUCUUACUACUACUGCAUAGUCAUUAGUUCUAGGUAAGACGGUGAGGUAAGAGCGCUUAGAACCAUUAACUGUAUAGUUAUUAGUUUUAAGCGUUCUUACCUUACUGUCUCACCUACGCACCUAGUAAGACGAGUGUCUGUGAUGACCGUACGUGCAUUAUCCGCCUUUUUCAUUCUGAAGAGCAAAAUUGUAAGAAUCUCCCCCUCCCCCUCCUAGUAAGACCUGAUCAAGAAUCCUUUCUCCUUCAUCACUGUUUUCCUAUUGCGGAAUGUGCAAUUCAUCAAGAUGAAGAUGGAAAUCUUACUCACUGGACGCCUCAAAACCCCCCUCCAUUUUCUCUUUUGCCACUUGUACUCCGUUCUCUGUGGGGAGGUUUGGCCAUUUCUCCUUUGAAUAAUUAUAGAUUAAAAUCGAUAGCGCAACAUGCAAUUGCGUCAAUGUCAUUGUAUAUGCAGAUGCAUAGUUGUCUCUCUCUCUCUCUCUCUCCGAAAUCCAAAUUGCUGAUGCUCGUCACCCCCCUUCUCCUCGCGUUUUCUGAAACCGAGGAAAAAGCAUGGUUCAUGUGC